AUGACAGUUAUAAAUCAAAAAGAUGAAAUUCAAUUUACAAUUGGUAAAGGAAUUAUUAAUGAUCCAAUUGACUUUAUAAUAAAUUCAAUUGAUAAUCAAAUAUUUAUUUUAGAUAAUGCGACCAACACUAUUAAUUUAUUCAACUUAAACAAUGGUAAUAAUUUAGGUGAAAUUUCAUUUCAAUUACAAAAUGAAAAUGAAAAUGAAAAAAUCAAUUCAAUCACAUAUGAACCAUCUCAUAAAAUACUUUAUACAUUAAAUAAAAAUGGUGUAAUUAUUGGUUUUAAAAAGAAUAGCAAUGGUAUAACAACAUUUAAAUCAAUAAGGAAAUUACAAUUACAAUUAUUUGAUGAAACGUUUCAUCCAAAUAUUUCAAUCAAUUAUUUAAAAAUUGAUAUUUUAUUCAAUAAUUCUAUAAUAAUUGCAAGUGAAAAUAAAAUUGAAAUUUUUAAAUGGGUUGGGCCAUCAAUUACAAAUAUUCAAUUUAUAUAUAACAGAAUUGAAAUCAGUGGUAAUGGAUUAACAAAUGUAUCAUUAGUAUAUUUUGAAAAUGAUAAAUUAAAUCCUUGUACUGAUUUAUAUUUUCAUUAUGAUAAAUUAAUAAGUUGUAAAUAUGAAAAUAUAAAAUCAAAAUUAAAAACUAAUAAUAAUUAUCAAAUUAAUUUAAUAUUUAAUAAUAAUUCUAUUGAAGAAAAUAAUAAUGACAAUGAUGAAGAUGAUAUAAAAUUUUUAAUGGGUAAUUUAUUAUUUAUAAAUGAUGGUUGUAUGGAAAAUUAUAUAUAUGAUGAAAUUAAUUUAAAAUGUAAAAAAUUAAAUAAUAGUUUAAUAACAAUUUCAAAAUGUUUAAAUAAAAAAGAAAGUGAUAAUUUUAAUAAAACUAUAACAAUGAUUGGGGAAACGUGUCCAAAUUCAACAGAUGAUGGUGAUGGUGAUGAUUGGGAACAGAUUUCAAAUUCAACCAUUAAUAUCGGGUUAAAUAAAAUAUUAAGAUUUCAAAAAUGUUGGGAUGAAAAAUUAAUGUAUAGAUUCACUGAAAUUGAUUCAAUACCAACGAUUGAAUCAAAUUUAAUUUUAAAAAAUAAUAAUUGUAAAUUUACAUUUGAUGAACCAAUUUUAAUAGAUUUACAAAAUAUUAUAAAUUUAUAUCAAUUAACUUGCUUUGAUUUAUAUGGUACAAAUAAUAUAAUUAAAGCAAGUGGAAUACCAAUGAUACCAUAUACUUGUAAUAUUUCAUUAACAAAUACCAAUACUACAAAUACAACUAAAAAUGAAGAUCUAAUAUUUUUAAAAAAUUUUCAACCUUGGUUAAUAGGUUAUUCAAGAUGUUUACAUGGUAUUAGGCUUAAAAAUGAUUUAGAUAAAUGUCAAUGUAAUUCAAACAGUAGUGGUGAUGGUGGUGGUGAUGGUGGUGAUAUUUGGAUUGGUAAACAGUGUGAUAGACAAUCUUGUAAUAGUAAAGUUGGUUAUGAAUUGGUUCCAUCCACUGGACAAUGUAAAUGCAAUAAAAAAUGUAAUGAAAAUGAAGUAUUGGAACCAAUAUCAUGCCAAUGUCAAUGUAAUAUAUCAAUGCCUUUUAGAUGUCCAGAUUCUAAUGAUUGUACAAACUCAUUUUCAAAUUGUUUGAAAUCAUUCAUUAGUAAACAAAAUCGAUGUGAUAAUUUAUCAAGUAAACCAUUUUCAUGUGUUAAUGGUAACUGUUAUUCAUCACCAUCUGAAUGUUUAUCAUCAAUACCAGAAUGUUUAUAUAAAAAAUGUUGUUGGAACGGUCAACCUUAUCCAAACCCAAAAUCACCCACAUCAUCAUGUUUAACAUUACCAAGUUGUCCAAAUAUAUUACCAUAUCGUUGUAUUGAUGGGUCAUGUAAAUUAUCAAUAUCACAAUGUAUUUCCAAAACAUUAUUAUUCACUCACCAUACCCCUUGUAAACUAAAUGACCUAUGUCCAGAUGGAACAUGCCCACCUUGUUCAAAUUAUGAUGGUUGUUCAAUUCUUCAACCAAUUCAAUGUCUAAAUGGUGAAUGUAAAAAUAAUUACACACAGUGUCAACUACCAUCAUUAAUAUUUGGAAAUAGUAGUAGUACUACUACUACUACUACAAUUAAUCUUUUAAAAAACAAUGACCUCUUAAUAUCAUCAUCACCAAUUUCAUUUUUAUUUGAACCUAAAAAUAAUGGAAAUCAAUUAUUACCAAUUUAUAUAAAACCAAUUAAAACAAUAGUUACAGUUGAAACUGGUAUUGAUAAAAGUGUUAAAGUGUAUAAUAAAAAAGGUGAAUUUACUGCUGAAAUUAAUUUAAAUUUACCAUCAACCGAAAAUAAUAAAAAACAAACAUUAUUAUCAAUUGAACCUGUAUCAGAUUCAUUUUUAAGAAGUGUUGGAUUUUCAAAGAAUUUAUCAAGAGAAAAUGCAAUAUAUUCAUCAGUUUUAAAUAUAACAUUACCAUUUUAUCCAACUUUACCAAAUGGUAAUUUCCCAUUCAUUGUAAAUAUUACAUUUAAAAUGAUAAAUAAUUUUAAAAAUUUAAUAAUUUCAAAAGAUACAAUUAAUAAUUUUUGUUUAGGUUUUAUAAAUAUUAAAAGUAAUCAAUGGGAAUGUGUAUCAAUAAAUGAAAAUAAUAAUAAUAAUGAUAAUAAUAAUAAUAAUAAUAAUAAUAAUAAUAAUAAUUUAAUAUUAUCAUCAUCAUCUAAUGAUAGGAAUGAAAUAAUUGUAAAAGGAUUUACAAAUCAUUUCACAUGUUUUGCAGUGUUAUUAAGGGGUAGUAGUGAUUUUUUAAAUUUUAAUUCAAAUGGAGUGAAAAGAAAUGAAAAUAGUAAUGGUAGUGGUGAAUCGAAUCAAUAUAAUAAUUUAUCAUUUAAUGUUUCACCAUCAAUUAUUAUUGGUACAAUAUUCGCUGUUAUUGGUUUAGCAAUAAUUGUAGUAAUUAUUGGAGUUAUUUAUUUAUCUUUAAAGAAACAUGGUAGUUGGGAAACAAUGAAAAAUGUUUUUAUUGAAAGAUUAAAAUAUAGAUUUUCAUCAUCGUCAUCAUCAAGCUCCUCAAAGAAAAAUAAAUCAACAUUAUCACCCACACAAAUAAUUGAACCAAUUAAUGAAUCAAAAAUUGAAAAAUGUUUGUCUAAUAAUAAUAAUAAUAAUAAUAAUAAUAAUAAUAAUAAUAAUAAUAAUAAUAAUAAUAAUAAUAAUAAUAAUAAUAAUAAUAAUAAUAAUAAUAAUAAUAAUAAUAAUAAUAAUAAUAAUAAUAAUAAUAAUAAUAAUAAUAAUAAUAAUAAUAAUGAAUUAAUAGUUGAUAUAAAUCAAAAUAAUAAUGAAAUUCAAAAUAAUCAAUAA